CUCAUGGACCUCAGCCUUGCAUAGAACCCCAAAUAAGCAUGGAGUCCAAAUAGGAAAGACCUGAGCAACCAUGCAGAUUUUGAAGGAGAGCAGAAAACAAAGCGGAUACUGACAAAAAGAAGCACCUAAUUUCCAUGAAGUCUAGAUUUCCCAAUAUUUUGGCAACGGAUGAAGUUGUGAAUUUUUAAUUUUUUUGUCCAGUAAGCAAACAUUUAAAAAGAAAGUAAUGACAGGCCAAGUGAUGGAGGAGAGUACAGAUCUGACAGCUCAGAGGCUCUCAGUGAAGACUUCAAUGGAAGAUGACUCUGAGAGAGCAGACAGCACAUUGAGUCGCGGACCAUCCAUAUGUGAUGACACAUCGUCGGAACUACAGAGGGUGGCCACAAUUGAGCCCCGAGGUCUGAACUCCCAGAGCUCCUUUCGUGGAAGAGGAGCUCUAUCAAGGCUGGUGAGGAUGGUGGUGACACUCCGAGAAUGGGCCCACAGGAGUCUCCAGGAGGAGGGAGAGAGGCCGGACUCUUUCCUGGAGCGCUUUCGUGGGCCAGAGCUUCGCAUGGCUCCCAGCCGCAUCAGCAGUGGCAGACCAGACCAGCAUGAUUCAGGCACUGGUGUCAAAACCAAGAAGAAGCCAGAUGUGUUUGUCCUUGCACCAGCAGAUGAUAUGUACUAUCACUGGCUGUUUGUCAUUGCCACAGCUGCACUGUACAACUGGUGUCUCCUGGUGGCCAGGGCCUGCUUUGAUGAGCUUCAAACCAACAACUACAUUCUGUGGCUGGUUCUGGAUUACCUCUCUGAUCUGGUGUACAUACUGGACACCUGUGUGAGACUGAGAACAGGUUUCCUGGAGCAGGGUCUUCUGGUGAAGGACCUUAAGAAGUUAAGAGAAUCCUAUGUCCGAACCCCCCAGUUUAAGAUAGACCUCCUGUCCAUUCUGCCUACAGAUCUGGCCUACAUUGCCACUGGCAUCAAUGUGCCUGAACUCCGCUUCAAUAGGCUGAUGCGCUUUUCUCGCAUGUUUGAGUUCUUUGACCGCACAGAGACUCGCACUAGCUACCCCAACACCUUUCGCAUCAGCAACCUUAUACUCUAUAUCCUGGUCAUCAUCCAUUGGAAUGCCUGCAUCUACUUUGCAAUUUCCAAGUCUCUUGGCUUUGGAUCUGAUCAGUGGGUCUAUCCCAACAUCUCCGAUCCUGAGUUUGGCACUCUGACAAGGGGUUAUGUCUACUGCCUCUAUUGGUCCACCCUCACACUCACCACCAUAGGAGAAAUGCCAGCACCAGUGCGUGAUGAGGAGUAUAUUUUCGUGAUCUUUGACUUCCUAGUGGGUGUCCUCAUCUUUGCCACAAUUGUAGGAAAUGUGGGAUCUAUGAUAUCCAAUACAAACGCCACACGUGCUGAGUUCCAGACGCGUAUCGACUCCAUUAAGCACUACAUGCAGUUCCGUAAGGUCAGCAAAGAGUUGGAGGCCCGGGUUAUUAAAUGGUUUGAUUACCUGUGGACCAACAAGAAGGCGAUUGAUGAGCAGGAGGUACUAAAGAACCUUCCAAACAAACUGCGGGCUGAGAUCGCCAUCAAUGUACACCUGGAGACACUUAAAAAGGUGCGUAUCUUCCAGGACUGUGAGGCAGGCUUGCUUGUGGAGCUUGUUUUGAAGCUUCGCCCUCAGGUCUUCAGCCCAGGUGACUAUGUGUGCCGCAAGGGUGACAUUGGCAAGGAGAUGUAUAUCAUUAAGGAGGGCCGACUGGCUGUGGUGGCUGAUGAUGGGGUGACGCAGUAUGCCCUCUUGACGGCUGGUAACUGCUUUGGUGAGAUCAGUGUACUCAAUAUCAAGGGCAGCAAGAUGGGUAACCGGCGCACAGCCAAUAUCCGAAGCAUUGGCUACUCAGACCUCUUCUGCCUGUCCAAGGGUGACCUAAUGGAGGCUGUGAUGGAAUACCCUGAUGCCAAGAAGGCCCUUGAGGAGAGGGGCCGGGAGAUUCUGCGCAAGGAGGGCCUUCUGGAGGAACUCGGAGCCGGGGGCCUUGCAGGUGAGCACAUGGAGGAGAAGGUGGAGCGGCUGGAAACUUCCCUGGACAUGCUGCAGACACGCUUCGCACGGCUGCUGGCAGAGCACACAGCUGCGCAGCAGCGCUUCAAGCAGAGGCUCGCAGCACUGGAGAGCAGACUGCAGCGCUCUGGGAGCGGAUUUCUGUCCGAUGGCAAUGAGAGCACUAUUGAUGGUGAUGGCACUCGCAGUGAGGUUAACAUUCAGUGGUGAAUGGGACUGCAUCAUUUGAGCCAGUGCACCAGGGUCUUUAUACACUUUCAGGACAAUGUUGAAGCCGCAAUACUAAUUUUUUUUUGUCAUAGAAACACUGAAUGUAUGUGUAACUGUUUGCCUUAUAUAUUUUUUAUUAUAUAUAUGUGUGUGUGUGUGUGUGUGUGUGCGCGUGUGUAUGUAAAAUGUGUGUAUGGUAUACAAACCAAACUUUAUAAUACUAGGUAAGAGCAAUGUUAAUGGAUGUGGCAGUCCUAUUUAAAAAAGUACCAGGGAUUGAAAGACAAAAUAGAGAGAAUGUGGAGGGAUAACACCAAGUUGUUGUGCUGGAGGCAUGGCUACAACAGGUCCUAGGAAAUACAUCAAUCUCAGUGUGGAAAAGAUCUUCAAGAUAAUUGUAAGUUGGCUGAUAGUAAAAAGAGAAAAUUGAUCAGGAGAGAGCAAACUGAGCUUCCAUAACUUCCACAAGUCCUAAAGAACAACUACAAAUACCUGGGGAUUCUCCAGUCACAUGGCAACCAAGAGGCAAAAAAGAAAAGGACACCAACAUCUAAAUACCUCCAUAGGCAGGUCCACUUGAGUCUGUUGAAUGAGAACAAUAAGAUCAAAGCCAUAAACACAUAUGCCUUGCCGGUCAUCAGCUACCCAGCAGGCAAAAUAAGAGGGCCAAGAGAAGAACUGGAAGCUGCCAUCAAAAAGACCAGAAAAUCCACUUAAGAUCCAAGGUCAGCAAGAAAGAGGAGUAAAGGAACCUACAAAGUAUAAGACCUACUGGCCAGGACAAGACAUGAACCAACCAUGAAUACAUCCAUUGACCCCCAAGGAUUAGCUAAUGAGUCAAAUGGGCAGCAUAAAUCAUGCAAUGUUAUCACCGACAGAUAACAGAGUUGGAAAAAUACUAGGAACUUAAAGAAGAAAUUGAGAGACUGUAGAAGGUUAACACCAAGGUGUAACACCCAUUGAUGAUAGGGGCACUUGGGACUAUGACCACUAAGUUGGAACCUAAUAUAUCCCAGGAAUCUCAACAUCAAACUCAGUUGAGAAGAAUGCAAUCCUAUGAAUAGCAAAAAUACUGUGCCACACCCUCACAGAUUCAUGUAAUGUAUUUCUAUGACUGACCAGCUGCAAACAAACCUACGCUCACUAUGUGCAAUGCCAGACAGCCGCUGGAGUUGUGUAAAGCAUGCUUGUACUGGACUCUGAAAACAGUGGAAAUUUAUUCUCUGGAGUGAAGAAUCACAUUUCACUAUCUGGUAGUCUGAUGGAUGAAUGUGGGUUUGGCAGAUGCCAGAAAAAUGCUACCUAUCAGAAUGUAUCAUGCCAACAGUAAAAUUUGGUGAAGGACAGUUAAUGGUCUGAAGUUGGUUUUCAGGUAUUGGGUUGG